UCCGUGUGCUCAGCCGUUGGACAGCUCCUUGUGUGUCUGUCUGUCUGAAAUCAUGCACCUGGAGCGCGCGAGGCCAGGCCCGCAGCACGACCGCGUUCCGUCCAUAAACUAGCUAGUUCCCGGAGAGUCUCGGUCCAACCCCCGCUGGAGUGUCCGCUGGGCAGGUUGACGAGAGCAGAGAGAGAAGACAAUACGAAGCUUGCGGAAAGCCAUUGCUUUUCUCCUUCGCCUGCUAAUAAAGAAAGCAGCGUCUCAGCCGUGUAUCACCAGAACAACAGACAGCCCGGCGGCGGAGGGAACGCCGCACCGAGACCCGCCUGGACCCGCUUUAUUGUCUCUUUGACUGGGUGGAUUUCUGCGUGAAGAUGGCUUAUCUGGCCGCGCUGUUGUUGCUGCCAGUCCUGUGUAGCAUCAUCAGCACCUCCAGCGCUGCAUCCUCAGUAUCCCGGAAAUGUGAGGACAGCUUGGCCACUCCUCUCCCCUACAGCUCCUUCACCAGUUCAUCUGUGUACGCACAAGGAUGUGGAGCUGGUUACGCCAAACUCAAUCGGAAACAAGGUGCUGGAGGAUGGUCGCCCUUGGAUACAGAUCGUAACCAGUGGUUACAGGUGGACCUGGGUUCUAGGAAGCAGGUGGUUGCCAUAGCUACACAAGGUCGCUACAGUAGCUCUGAUUGGACCAGCAAGUACCGGCUGCUUUACAGUGACGCGCAGAACAACUGGAGGCCGUAUCUGCAGGAUGGAAACAUCUGGACGUUUGAUGGGAACGUGAACAGUGAGGGAGUUGUUCGCUUUGAGCUGCAGCACGCCAUCCUGGCUCGCUACAUCCGCUUCAUCCCAGUGGACUGGAGCAGGGAGGGGCGCAUCGGAGUACGCCUGGAGCUCUACGGCUGCUCAUAUUGGGCCGAUGUGAUCAGUUUUGAAGGCCAUGGCGUCAUCCCCUACCGCUUCAAGAGUAAGAAGAUAAAGAUUGCGAAGGACGUCAUCUCCCUUAAGUUCAGAACCACGGCGGCAGACGGGGUCCUGCUCCACGGAGAGGGACAGCAGGGAGACUACAUUUCCCUGGAACUCAGCAGGGCAAGACUGCAGCUCAGCCUCAACUUAGGCAGUAACCAGUACGGAUCCAUUCAGGGGCACACCUCUGUGACCAGUGGGAGCUUACUGGAUGAUGACCACUGGCACUCAGUUGUCAUAGAGCGUUACCGCAGGAACGUCAACUUCACCCUGGACCAUCACACUCAGCAGUUCAGGACCAAUGGAGAGUUUGACCACCUGGACCUGGACUAUGAGAUCAGUUUCGGAGGACUGCCUGUAUCAGCGAAGCCAAGCUCCGGAGGCAGAGAUAACUUUGUGGGAUGCAUGGAGGGGAUCACCUACAACGGAGACAACAUCACUAAUCUGGUCCGCAGGAAGAAGGUGGACACCUCCAGCUUCCGUAACCUGACAUUUUCGUGUGCUGAGUCCAACUCCUUCUCCGUCUUCUUCAACUCCACGUCCUUCCUGCGGCUGCCGGGUCAGAGUGACAGCGACACUCUGUCAGUCAGUCUGUCUUUCAGGACGUGGAACCCCAACGGGCUACUGAUGUUCACGGCGCUGGCUGACGGCUGGGUGGAGGUGGGACUGACGGAGGGCAAGGUCACCGUCUUCAUGAAUGUGACACAGAAGAAGAACACACGCAUUGACAUCUCAUCAGGUUCCGGUCUGAAUGAUGGCCAGUGGCACAGUGUGCAUCUGAACGCAUUGGAGAACUAUGCUAUGCUGACAGUCGAUGGAGACGAGGCAUCCACAGUCAGAACGGCCAUCCCCAUCCAGAUCCAGACUGGAGGAAGCUACUACUUUGGAGGCAACUUUCUGCCCUCCAACACCCGCUCACUUCAGCGCUCCUUCCAGGGCUGCAUGCAGAUGAUCCACAUAGACGACCAUCUGGCCGACCUCAGGGCUGUGGAGCAGGGCCUCAUUGGAACAUUUGAAAAUGUCAGCCUGGAUAUGUGUGCCAUUAUAGACAGGUGUGUUCCUAAUUACUGUGAGCACGGUGGCCGCUGUUCUCAGACGUGGGAUACGUUCAGCUGCAACUGUAGCGGCACUGGAUACACUGGAGCUACCUGCCAUACAUCGAUGUUUCAGCAGUCCUGUGAGGAGUAUAAGCACCAGGGGAAGAGUUCUGGGAGCUACUGGAUUGACCCAGAUGGCAGUGGAUCUAUCACCCCCUUUAGAGUCAGCUGUGACAUGACAGAGGAAAGGGUUUGGACCGUGCUGAAGAACAACCUAUCUGCUCAGACCUCAGUCACCAGUGCAGACCAGGAGGGGAAGGCAGUGCUGCAGAUCACUUACAACGUGACUGAUGAACAGGUGUUGUCAGUCACCAGCAGUGCAGCGUACUGUGACCAGUAUGUAGCCUAUGCCUGCCGAAUGUCUCGUCUGCUCAACACUCCUGAUGGCGUCCCGUUUACCUGGUGGGUAGGAAGAGCCAAUGAGAGGCAUUCUUACUGGGGGGGCUCAGGACCAGGGAUACAGAAGUGUUCCUGUGGUAUCGAACACAACUGUACUGAUGCCAAACACUACUGCAACUGUGAUGCUGACCUGCGCAAUUGGAGGGAGGAUGCAGGCCUAUUGGUGUAUAAAGACCAUUUGCCAGUCAAUCAGGUUGUGGUUGGUGAUACAAGCAGAGCUGGAUCUGAGGCCAAACUGACUGUAGGGCCACUCAAAUGCCAUGGGGACCGGAACUUCUGGAACGCAGCGUCCUUCACCAGCCCUGCCUCCUAUCUCCACUUCCCUUCCUUCAGAGGAGAAACCAGCACCGACAUCUCCUUUUACUUUAAGACUUCGUCCACUCACGGAGUCUUUCUUGAGAACCUGGGAACCACCGACUUCCUUCACAUUGAACUCAGAGGAGGCUCUAUGGUCCUCUUCUCUUUUGACGUUGGCAGAGAGCGGGUGGAGCUCAGCGUCCGCUCGCCGGUGCCUCUGAAUGACGACCAGUGGCAUCGCGUGGAGGCUGAGAAGAACAUCAAGGAGGCGGUUCUGCAGCUUAAUGGACAGUACAGAGAGAUCAGACCCAUGCCCCCACAGGGACACACAAAACUGGAGUUCUACAGUGACCUAUAUGUUGGUGCCUUGAGUGGUCAGAGGGGUUUCCUGGGCUGCAUGCGGGCUCUGAAGAUAAAUGGUGUGACCUUUGACCUGGAGGAGAGGGCGAGGGUAACUCCAGGGGUGAAUCCAGGCUGCCAGGGCCACUGCAGCAGCUACAGGAUGCACUGCAGGAACGGUGGGAAGUGUGUGGAGCAGUACAAUGGAUACGCAUGUGACUGCUCCCUCACCGCGUAUGAUGGACCCUUCUGCACUGAGGAUGUAGGCGGCUACUUUGAGACGGGAACCCUGGUGCGUUACGACUUCCUGCCAGAGGCGGGCGCUUCUGCGUUGCAGGAAGCGAAGAGCGUAUCAGGUGUUGGUGUUCCGAGUGAGGCCAACCUGACUCAGGAGGAGCUGGUGUUCAGCUUCAGCACCUCCAGCGCUCCCAGCAUCCUGGUCUACAUCAGCUCCAGAACUCAGGACUACCUCGCUGUGGUGCUCAGGCACAACGGCACCCUCCAGAUCCGCUACAGUCUUGGGGGGCUAACAGAACCUUACACCAUAGAUGUUGACCAUCGUAACAUGGCCAACGGACAGCCACACUCUGUCAACAUAACUAGGUACUUAAGGGAGAUACGACUACAGCUGGACCACUACCCAGUGUCCACAUACACCCUACCCGAGGCCUCCGACACCCAGUUCAACUUGGUCAAAAGUAUCUUUCUUGGAAAGGUUUUUGAAACUGGACAGAUUGACCCGAUCCUAAUCGAGCGCUAUAACACGCCGGGCUUUGUGGGCUGUCUGUCAAGAGUUCAGUGGAACAGGGUGGCGCCGUUGAAAGCGGCGCUGCGCUCGGGACUGGCGGCACCCGUCAGCACCCAUGGGAUUUUGGUUCCAUCCAACUGUGGAGCCUCACCCCUGACCAUCUCUCCCAUGGCCUUGGCUAUGGACCCCUGGCACGUAGAAGCAGCUGGAGCUGUUUUUCCCUUUAAUGAGGACCAGGCCAGUGGUAAUGGAGUGGAUCGCAACUCUGCCAUAAUUGGAGGCAUCAUCUCCAUGGUGAUCUUCACUGUCCUGUGCAUCAUGGUGUUUGUGAUCCGUCAUAUGUUCCGUCACAAAGGCUCCUACCACACCAACGAAGCCAAGGGAGCGGACUCAGCAGACUGCGCUGACGCAGCGAUCAUCGUCAAUGACCCCGCCUUCACCGAAACCAUUGACGAAAGCAAGAAGGAGUGGUUCAUCUGAGCCCCUUCCAACAACACGGACACAUGACGUUAGGAUGUAUGUAGUUUUCUAAGCAUAGGGAGUAGUAGUGAGGUCACCACCUGUGGAACCUCGAGGAUGUGCCGAGUGGUUUAUUUAAAAGAACUUUAUGGACAAUGGACACCAUGGCGUUACAGCGGCAGUGUGUAUUAAAGCACAGGGCACAGUGGUGCCUGGCAGAGCCCUGUGCCCAGAGGUGGAGCGGUUUUAUUUAAUUUACAAUGGACAAUGUGACAGCCUUCAGAUGGUGUAGAGGGAAGGUGCCAAGAAGUUACAGGCCUUGAAUGAGUGAGUGUGUUCCCUAGCUUUAAUUUAUGUAUUUAUAUCAUUUUUUAUUUGAUUUCAGUUAAAUUUAUG